AUGACGUCUCAUCCACUCCUCACUUCCUCAGGCCAGCCCCAGUACAGUUCCCAUCUGCAGCCUCCAGAAUGUCCUGUUCGGGUCCCAGUGUCCAUCCCUGUCUUUCACCAGGGACUGGGCUCCCUGGCUGAAUGGUUCCUGGCAAGAGCCGGUGGCCGCUGUCUGCCGCUCAACCUCUGCCAGAUGUCAGCUGGGUCCUUGCCACCACCACACCUAGGUGGCCAGACAGCCCAGAACGCAGGCGGAACUCAAGACCGAGCUGGAACCUCGCUGCUCCCGCCGCCCGCGCGCUGUGCUCGCCGGGCUCUGCACAGACAGGCAGACGGCACCGGAUUCCAGAGCAUCUACAGCCUGGACAAGCUCUAUCCCGAGUCCAAGGGCGUGGAUACGGCCUGGAAGGUCCCGGAGGAUGCAAAACAAGCCAGCAGUGACAUCCCUCUAGAUCGAUUGAGCAUUUCCUACUGUCGGAGUAGCGGUCCUGGGGGGCAGAAUGUUAACAAAGUGAGUUCCAAGGCUGAAGUCAGGUUUCACUUGGCCAGCGCAGACUGGAUUGCUGAACCCGUGCGCCAGAAGAUUGCCCUCAAGCAUAAAAACAAGAUCAAUAAGGCAGGAGAAUUAAUACUCACCUCCGAGAGCAGUCGCUAUCAGUUCCGGAAUCUGGCGGAAUGCCUACAGAAAAUUCGAGACAUGAUUGCAGAGGCCAGCCAGGUCCCCAAGGAGCCAACCAAAGAAGACGCCCAGCUCCAGAGACUCAGGAUAGAAAACAUGAAUCGGGAGAGGCUGCGCCAGAAAAGAAUAAACUCUUCCAUAAAGACGAGCAGGAGGGUGACUAUGGACUGAAGUCACCCCACACUGCCGGCAAAGACUGGGGUGUCAUGCAACUCUGCAGAGAGCUGCCACACCAGGGGAAACUUUUCUCAAUUAAUUGGAGCCUUUCCAGACCGUUCCUUAGGAGGGAAGGCUACAGGUCUUCGGGGCAGCCUCCUCAGUUGUCCACCUCAUGUAUUACUGGCUGCAAUAAACUUCUAAGUACAGGAGCCUCA